AUGCCUGCUGUGUGUGUUUAUGGAGGAGUUCUGCGGGUGUGUGUGUCUUGGGCGGGGAGCUGUGUGUGUCUGUCUGUGUGGGCUGUGUGUGUAUGUCUGGGCGGGGCUGUGUGUGCCCGUGUGUUUAUCUGGAGGGGGUGCUGUGUGUGGCUAUGUGUGGCUGUGCAGGGGGCUGUGUAUGUAUCUGUGCGUGUGUUUUGGGGGGGCUGUGUGUGUCUCUGCGUGUCUCUGCGUCUAUGAUGCUCUGAUGCUAUGAUUCUCCGUGUCCAUGUCUCUUGUGUGUGCAUGCGUGUGUGUGUCAGCGUAUGUCUCUGUGUGUGUGUGUGUGUAUGUAUGUAUCUGUGUCUAUCUCUUUGUCCAUGUCUCUGUGUGUUUAUGCAUAUAUGUGCCUGUCUGUGUCUGCAUCUGUCUCUGUGUGUGUGGGCUGUGUGUGUCUCUCUCCCUCUGUCUGUGUCUCUCUGUGUGCAUGUAUGUGUGUCUGCGCAUCAAUGUGUGCAUGUGUGUGCGCGUGUCUCUGUGUGUGCUGUGUCUCUGUGUCCGUGUGUGCGUGACACAUGCAUGUGUGCGCAUCUGUCUCUGUGUGUGUGUCUCUGUGUGUGCCUGCGUUUCUGUGUGUGUGUGUGUGUGUGUUUGCUGCCCUCGCUGUUCCCUGCCCCUGGGUGAGGGGCUGCUCGCUCCCAGUCGAGGGAUCAGCCAGGGGACGUGGGGCUGGGUCCCCCCUGUGCCUUUUGACCAGGACAGAGGGUUCUGCAUGGCAGGUGCUCCUCGAUCCCUGUGUGGUAGGGGAACAGCGUCUCUUUGUGGCAGGCGGUCACUGGGUGCACCUGAGGGCAGGCAGCAAUCUUGGGAGCCAGCGAGUACUUAUCUCCUAGAGAUCGUGUGUUACCCAGUGACACUUGUUUUUCUUCUCUCUGCCUCCUCAUUGAAGGUGUUGAAGCAUGCAGAAAUAAGUUGUUUUGCUCAAAUCUUUAAAAUAAGUGGCAGAAACUGUAAUUUGAGUUUAAGUCAUGGAUGCCUUAUCCUUGGAGGUAUUCAAGGCAAGGUUGGAUGAUGCUUUGAGUAACCUGAUCCAGUGGAAGGUGUCCCUGCCCAUGGCAGGGGGUGUUGGAAGUGGAUGAUCCUUAAGGUCCCUUCUAGCCCAAACCAUUCUAUGAUUCUAUGAAGUUUGCUCCUCGGUAAUCUUGUCUGCACUAUUUGAUCGCUUAUUGUUGAAAGGAAAAAUCUUGCCUUGAUAGUUUCACUUGGUCUCCUUUUCAACUCUGGUUUUCCAGAAGUGUGGGAGUAGAGUGUGGGAGUUGCAAAUUCUGACAUCUUUAUUGAUGCACCCGUUGAUGGCCUUCCUGGCAAGAAGGAGUGCCCUAAAAACACUGCUAUGAAACCAGUUAUGGAAAAUUUGUCCAAAAGUACUUGAAUUACCUUCCAGAAGAGAAACUGAGAUGAAACUACCCAUGCAAUGAGUAACAAUUUCAAGAUGCCAAGCGGCGCAAGAAUCUCAUUCAACUCUGUGGAUAAUGCUCUUUCAUCUCUGAAAAACUGCCAGUCUUACAUAGAUACUGGAAUGCAUAUAGCGACUCACGUUGCCCUUGACCUUGUGGAAAGUUUCAAUGAUGUAGAGGAUAUUAACAGUAUGGAAAAUGUCAUGUUAGAAUAUGCUGCAAUGGACAGAGAACUUAAUCAUUACAUGACAGCAGUUGAAGAAACAGUAAAUCAGAUAAAGCGAGAAAAACCAGAAGUUUUACCAGAUUUAAAAAACUUAGUGAAAGAAAAAUUUACUGCACUGGAGAGCAAGAACAGUGACUCAGAUCUGCAAAGAAAUGAAAAAUUUGUAUAUUUUAAGGAUCAACUUAAAGAGAUGAGAAAACAAUUUUGUUAUCAAUCAGAUAAUGAUAAUGAGGCCAUUGAACAAAUCGAUGAAGAUAUAGCCGUGACUCAGAGUCAGAUGAACUUCAUUUGUCCCAUUACACAGGUGGAAAUGAAGAGGCCAGUCCGAAACAAAAUCUGUGGACACACGUAUGAAGAAGAUGCCAUUCAAAAAAUUAUCCAGACUCGAAAGCAGCAAAAGAAGAAAGUCCGAUGCCCUAAAAUUGGCUGUAGCCAUGCUGAUGUAAAAGAAUCAGAUCUUGUGCCAGAUGAAGCACUUAAAAGAGCGAUUGACAGUCAGAAUAAACAAAGCUGGUCGACGCUGGAGAAGUCAGCUGGAUACCCUGCUUCCACAAAGAAAAUUUGUUGUGAGAGGUCUUGUGAGAUAAGCUGCUGAUUGUAAGUAGGUUGUGUAACUGAUUGUUAUUUAAAGUGUUUCAUUUAUAGGCAAAGUUGAAGGUCUUGCUGUAACUGAAAGCAUUCUUUAAACUGUUGAAUAUGAAGAAUUCCAGUUUAACUUGUUUUUUAACCUUUUUGAGAUUCUAAAAACGUGCAUUUGAAAAAUAAAAUGUUUUACAGCAUU